AUGAACUUCGAACGUUACAAAUAUGAAAACAAAUCUUUUAAUAAAAAUGACAAAUACAAUAUUCGUUCAACUUUGGAAAGAUCGUCUUCUCAAACUUCAAUACAUAGAACGAAAGAGUUAACUACUCAAUUUGAUCGUCGAUUAUGUUCAUAUGAAUUACUUUGUAGAGAAUUUAUUUCAAGUCUUUCUUGGCCUAAAAUAUAUUUUAAUAAUCUUUAUGAUCGUUGUUAUUGUUCUCGAUGUUAUUCAGAAAAAAAAUGUGAUUCAUAUUUAAUUGCUAAUUCUCCAUAUGUUAUUCCACGUGGUUGGGUUCGUUUUGGUUUACAUGUCGAUAAUGUAAAAGCACAAGUUGAAGAUAUAUGGAAAACAUGGCAUAAUACUUAUCAUGGUACAAAUAUUGAUUCAGCUCUAUCGAUUAUAAAACAUGGACAAUUUCUUUUAAAAGGUGAUACAUUUGAAAAUGGUAAUCAGUUGAAUUGUAGAUGUCCUUACUUAUAUACAUCACCAACAAUAAAAUAUUCAGCAAGAGAUGCUUAUGCGAGACCAAUUGAUUUUGUUGCUUCCAAUGAUGACCGUUUUAUAGCUAAAAUCGUACUACAAUGUAAACAAAAACCUGGUACAUACAAAAUACAAGGAGCUACUGGUAAUGCUCGACAUGAAGCAAAAAUUUGUAAUAUUAUUCCAAAGGAUAAGAUUGAAUAUUAUACUGAUAUUCGUGCUUCCGUUAUACCUUAUGGCAUUCUGGUACGACUAAUUCCAGUUGACGCAUAG